AUGCUGGCCGUGAGCCGCUCAUGGCGCACGUCGCUUCGGGAGCCUCCGGUAAGGCCCCUUCCUCCACAGCUCCCGUGGCUCCUCCGCCCGUCCGCCGGUGGUCCUACCUUCUCGUGUCUCCUCAGCGGCGCCGACGAGGACAGCGUCCACCGCUUCCGCGUCCCAGGCGACUUGCGCGCCGCGCGGUACUUCGGAUCAUACGACGGCGGCUGGCUAUUCCUCGCUUAUGGACAGAAUCUCGGCCACACGCUCGUCAACCUCUGCAACGGACGACGCUUCCGCCUCCCCGACGUUGUCCCCUGGCCGACGAAAGCAAAGGAGUUCCCCGUGAUCAUGCUCGCCGCCACCCUCUCCUCCCCUCCAAGUUAUACCGACGACCGAUGCUUCGGCGCCGCCAUUGUCCAUUGCUCCCCCUACAUGAGCGGCGCGCGACACAUGACGUUCUGGAUCAUGGGGGAUCGCUUGGCCAGGCUAACCAUCCAUCCGGAGAUCGUGUACGGCCUGUCCGACAUGUUCUAUGAGGAAAUGGAGGACGUCAUCUAUCACAAUGGAGCCUUCUGUUUCCUCAGCAUCUUGGAGAACGUUCUCGUGUGCACGCCGGUGUUGCAUCAAGGAGACCUGCAAAUACAGGAGGAGUGGCUGCGGUUCUUCCGGCAGGACGACGGCUGUUCCGAUCGGCCGGUUGCGCUCGCUCGCUACCUCGUGGAGUCUCGUGGACAGCUGCUCAUGGUCCUGAAGAGGAAAUGUGACCUUGCUGGAUGGCCGCCCUUGGUGUUCUCGGUGUUCCAGAUGAUGCGCGAUCAACAGGUUGCCGUCUGGAUCCCGGUCGUCAGGUUGGAGGGCCGAAUGUUGUUCGUCGGACAUGGCUGCUCCAGAUGCUACGAAGUGGAUGCCUUCCCCGGAUUUCAGGAGGGCAUCUACUUCUUGGACGACCUGCACUUCUAUGAUGUAUCCAGGAUUCUUCGGUGCCAGGAGUACCUCUGCCACGACAACGGGAAGUACACGUUGGGACAGCCUCCCGUUGUCAGCCGCUGCUUCUGGCCGGACCAAGUCAUGUCGAACUACUCCUCACCGGUUUGGCUUCUCCCUGAAGCCAGGUGAAGAUACUGGCAACAAUGCUGAAGCUCAAGUUGAUGUUGACAUUCUGUAAGCUGGAUUACACAUUGUGUUAUUGUUUCCUCUUGCUGCUUUGAGAAUGAGAUAGCUAUUGUUGCUUUGUGAACGGGAUAGGAUUGUUGUUGAUUAGUCUGGUACAAUCAGAAUGACAUGGUCGAUAUUAGCUGAAAUCACUUACUGACAUCAAUCUCCUACUUUGGUAUAUGUACUUAGCAGUUCAUUACUGCAUUUUCGCACUUUCUGGUGCUCUCUGACCUCUGAGAUUUUGGUGAACUUUAAUAUUGAAAUGACUGGGCUAGAUUCCUGUUAUGUCUCUUGUUAUACGAUGCCUGAAUUGAAAAUGUAAUGUAUG